CUCUCUUAAACUUUCAUUAAGUCGAACCUAUGCUAGUGUCGCUGCCUCACCCGUGACAAUUACAAAGUCUAAAACUGGAAUUACUGUCGUUUCGGUUGAAGAUAGUGCCCCUGCCUCUUCUGUCUCCCUUGUGGUAAAGGCUGGUUCUCGGGAGGAGGGUACUGAUAGUGUCGGUGCGGCUCAUUUUUUAAAGAAUUUUGCCUUUAAGAACACGUCGACGCGAACUGCGUUCCGCACCGCGCGUGAAGCAGAAUUGCUCGGUGGCUUCCUAUCUGCAAAUUUGACAAGAGAAAAUUUAAUACUCUCGGCUGAAUUUUUACGCGGUGACCUAGGUUACUUUAUGGAAAUUUUAUCCGAUAUUAUUUUCAAAACAAAAUAUGAGCCACAUGAAUUUGCUAUCAUCAAGGAGAGUGUCAAUUUUGAAAGAGGUGCUGCUGCUGCUAUUCCUGAAGUUACAGCUUUGAAUGCUGCUCAUGCUGUGGCUUUCCGUCAUGGCCUUGGCAAUUCUUUAUUUGCUGAUGGUGCAACAAAAGUUUCAAGCAGCUCUGCUGUUAGAGCAUUUGCCAAUAAAGUUUAUACUUCAUCAAACAUCACGAUUUUGGGUACUUCUAUAAAUCACAAUGAGUUAUUAAAUCUUACAGAUUCAUUAUUUCAAAAUAUUAGUCAUACUGUUCCUCCUACUCCAAUUUCCUCAAAAUAUUUUGGUGGGGAAUGCAGAAUUCCUGCUCCUGGUGAUAGCCAUUUUGUCCUUGCUUUUCUAGGUGCACCUAUUGGUACUCCUGAAUACGCUGCCCUUCAAGUUUUACGUUUUCUCAUUGAUGGCGAAAAGAGCACCAAAUGGGGUGAAGGUGUCAAUGCAUUAGCUCAAAAAACAAGUAAGCACAAUGAUAUAAAAAUUAGUUCCUUCAAUACUGGAUAUUCGGAUGCUGGUCUUUUUGGUUUAUAUAUCUCGGGAACUGCUACGUCUGUAUAUUCCGCUUCCCGUGUCGCUGUCGAACAAUUAAAACAUGCCGCAAAUAAGAUUUCAAAUGAUGAUUUCUUGCGAGCUUUAGCAAAGGCUCGUUUUAAUGCUGCUGCAUCUUAUGAGACACGCACUUCUAAAACAGAAAUUAUCGGUAACCAGGUUUUGUUUUCUGGAAAAGUCACAUCGGUGACUGAAGCUAUUGCCCAAUUUGAUCGGUUCAAAGUUGAAGACAUUCAAAACGUUGCGGCAAAGAUUCUUAAAUGCAAACCUACUGCAGUUGCACUCGGCGAUAUCAGCACUUUGCCGUAUUCUGAUAGUCUUUCUCUCUAG